UUUUGUAUGUGUAACAUGCGGUCUCAGCAUAAUCGUAAUACUCACUGUCAGUGUAUCCAAACAGCUGUAAAACACGAUCGACAGUAAAUAAAAGCAGCAAAUGGUGCAAUGUAUGGCCUCACACUCGAACACACGUAGAUUCUGAUUAGAUUGAGUGGAAAAUAAAGCUAUAGAAGACUGUAAAUCCAGCAGAACACUCUCGAUAGUCGCGUGAGUGACCCAACCAGCAAAGAUCUGUGUUGCAAUGACCGAGGAGACGCUCGAAAAGCCCGUGCUGUGCGUGGGCUGCACCGUCAUCGAUUUUGUGACGAUCACCAGCAGCUACCCCAAGGAGGACACCGAUCGACGCUGCCUCGACGGCUUCUGGCAGCGUGGCGGCAACGCCUCCAAUGUGUGCACUGUCUUGGGCAUGCUGGGGUCGAAGGUGGACUUUUUUGGAAUGCUGAGCAGCUCGGAUGCGUUUCGAGUGCUGCUGGAGGACUUGCGGCGGCGGGACAUUGGCACGAGCCACUGUCCACAAACGGACAAGGAUCCGCCGUUCUCAUCGGUGAUACUUGCCCAGGACACCGGCACGCGCACCAUUAUCCACUGCAACAAAAACUAUCCGCAAGUCACCUGGGAAGACUUCAAGAAGAUCGACCUCACGCGCUACGGAUGGGUCCAUUUUGAGGCUCGCAAUGUCGCAGAGACCUCCAGGAUGAUGGAGAGCAUUGUGGAGCACAACCGAAUCAGCGGCGAACGCAUCAUCAUAUCCCUAGACUUCGAGACUUUGUACGAACAGAACCUGAAGCUGUGCUAUUCCUGCGACUAUAUGGUCUUCUCCAAGGAACUGGCCAGCCAGAGGGGUUGGAAGAGCCCAAAGGAAACGUGCGAAUCCCUUGCAACCGACCUGUCUUUGCAGGGAACACGUACCCCUCCAGUGAUCAUCUGCCCCUGGGGCAGUUCAGGCGCUGUCUGUCUGGAUGCCAGCGGCAACUACCAUGAGCUGCCUCCGUACAAGCCCCUGCAGGUGGUGGACACACUGGGCGCGGGCGAUAGCUUCAUGGCUGGCUUCAUAUACGCCGCCCACGUGCUUAAGCGGGAUCUAGCGGAGGCUGUGGACUUUGCCAAUCGUGUGGCCAGCCACAAGAUCACCAGAUUCGCCUACGAUCACAUUGGAGAGCUUAGAGUGGCCUAGAAACAAUGGAAAAAAGCUCAAAGAGUUUGAUUCGAAAAGAUGUUCGUAUAGAAAGUGGCUCUGCAGAAACUCUGCCUCAUUUUCGUUGAAGGUUUCCUGCUGCAUCCUCACGGAUGGCAGCGCUUAUGUAUUUUCACAAAUUUUAUAAACUUGUCAAAGUCAUUACGAAUAUAUGUAUGUAUGUAUCAUGA